AUGGAGUGAGAAAAAUAGAUUUUACCUGAAAAAGCAAGGUUUUUUAGCAAACCUAUAUCUCAGCUUAGAAGCAUUUGCGCAUCUUUGCGCUAUCUUCUGUAGAUGUUUUAUAUAUAGAAGUAGAACACCUGAAAUUUUCAUUUAGUUUGGAAAAAAAUGGAAACCUCAUUUUACUGGAUACACGUUUUCGGAAAACACUUAGCGGAGGAAGAACAAAUAUUUUCUCGGUUCUAAAACGUAGUGGGAAAAAAUUCUUUAUACAAAUAGAUAGAGUGACAGGUCUAGUUUCGAACUAUGUAUAAUUGUUGAGAUUAUCAUAUUCGGUUUCGCGAGAAACAAUAUUUCUAUAUUCCUAGUUCUGUUUUUAAAGGAAAACUUGCAUAAAGAUUUUCUUACUUAAGACGACACAUAGAAAAAAACUUCCCGUGGCAAUUAAAUAGAGCGUAUGUUGAAGUAUAUGACCUGUUGUUUAAAUCUUGUAAAAGUGUACUUUCAUUUUCUCCCCUAAGGUCCACGUGGUUGCCCACUGUGCAUUCGAUUACUAGAAAAAUGAAUAGGGAAAAUGUAUGGCAAUUAUGCACAUAUACUUGACAUGUGUUUGAUCAUUGCAAAAAUCCCCUAUGCUAAAUUUUUUUUAUUAAAAACACUUACUUUUAAAUAUGUAUCAGAUUUUCCACAUUCCGAUCAUUCUGAAGAACGAUGAAACUGUUGAACAGUAAAAGCAAAUGCCAUCUUCAGGUUUUUGUGAUAAGAGCUUUCUUUACUGUACUUGGCACAAAAAAGCGCAUAUAAAAACAAUGGAAUUUUUUCUGAUGAUGGCAUUCUGCAGGAGGAAUAACGAAAACACGACACAUCUUAUUUUUUUCCUGCUUACUUGUUAUAUUCCUACAAUAGUUUAAAACAGAAAUUUUGUUUUCGAAGAUCCUUAGCAAAGACCAAAAACAUACUUCAUCUUGUUCACGUGUUUUUGCACUAUUUUGACUCAAGUGCGGUAUGAUGAUAUAAAAAUAAUGACAAAGUUGUAAUAAGAUGCCAUCUAGCGCCUCAAACUGAUACGCUCAUUUUUUUUUGGUCAAUAAAAUGCACAAUUGCAAAGAAGAACAAGCUAAAGCUCUUUUUAUUAAAAUUUCUUUAAUUAUAAUUAAGCGCUAUUAUCAGUGUGAGUUAUGUUGCCACUGGCGCUUAACGAGAGAAGUUUUAAUGAAAGUUUAUCUUGAUUAUGAAAAAGUGAGGAUAAACAAUAUGCGACGACUAUUUGCUAAAAGCAAAGUGGAUCUGUUCACUUUGUUUUUACCUGCUUUUAUUUGAAUUGAACUCUUCAGGCUGCGUAAACGUAAGUAACAUUAAGGAGAUGUAACAGUAAUUUUUUUUCGCCAUAGAUGGUCCGUUGACUAUAUACAGUUAGUGAUUCUUGUAUUUCACGUACUUUUUAUUUUUUGUUAACAGAUGUGCAGCUAUUUUCUUUUUUAACGAGAAACAAAUCAAACUUGUAAUCUUUUCUUCUCCAUUAACGCCUGAAAAAGGAGAAAGGAAGUUCCUUUAAUCGUCAAGACUUAAGUUAUAAACCUGCGAUUGAGAGAGGUAGAAAAUUCUGGCAAAUGUGGAGAAAAAAGUUUACCGCAUCCACUUUGAAUAAAUUCAUUUUAAUAUGCUAAGUAACACUGAUUGCUCAACCCUAUACUAAAAUAUCAUAAAGAAUCGCUGUUGACAGAUAACAUCAAAAAUAAAAAAUAAGAAUACUUGAUUGAUAAUGGAAUAUUACAGUAACAUUCAAAAUGUUAAGUCUGAAACAUUUGCUAUAUUGAUGUCUUCUUUUCUCAUUUAGAUUUUUACGUUUUGGAAAAUCUUUUUCUUUUUUCUUAGAUGAUGUUAACAUACCGUUUAGCUAACCACCUAUUACGAUCUAAAUCUCAUUAUCCAUGCACAAAAAAUUUAUUAUUUAUUUUCAAUUCAUAUCUGAGAACAACAGCGACUGCUCCAACCAAACUUCCUCAAGCACGAUGGAAAAAGUAUUUAAAACGCUAUUUAAUAUUCAAUGCAUGUUUAGUAGCAGGUGGAGUUGGGACAUACAGCGUUCUAACACCACGUCAACGACGUAUUGUACGAGUGACAUUUGAAGGCAUUUACAGAGGAUAUAAAACCUUUGCGAUCGGAUUGGCUAUUACAACUGAUUACAAAUGGACUUUAUUCGGAUUAAAUGAGGAGUCAAUCGAAUAUGAAUCUCUGAUCAAAGAGUGUCAUCGUCGUUCAGCUCGUCGCAUAGCUAGUGGAUGUAUUGAUAAUGGUGGACUUUAUGUUAAAAUGGGACAGGGACUGGUGACCAUGGAUCAUGCAUUACCAAAAGAAUAUUGUAAUGAAUUAAAAAUAUUACAUGAUAAAGCAUUGAGAAGAAGGCGAAAUGAAGUUGAAUCAUUAUUACAUGAAGAAUUUCAAUGUGGUUCAAAAGAUUUAUUCUCAUAUAUUUCAAAAGAGCCAAUAGCAGCGGCGAGUUUAGCUGAAGUUUAUGAAGGACAAUUGAAGACAGGCGAGAAAGUAGCUAUUAAGUAUAUUGAUUUACAAGAUCGUUUUCAAGGUGAUAUGUUGACAAUAAAACUUGUCUUAAAAGCAAUUGGUUAUCUCUUUCCAAAAUUUGAGUUUGAAUGGAUUAUAGGCAGUAUUAAAACAAAUUUAGAAAGAGAAUUAAAUUUUAUUUGUGAAGGAGAAAAUGCGGAACAAUGUUAUCGACAAUUGAAAGAACUGAAAUUUGUUUUUGUACCAAAAAUAUAUUGGCAUUUGACAUCACGACGGGUUCUAACCAUGGAAAUGAUUUAUGGAUGUAAAAUAAAUGACGUGGAAGGAAUUAAACAAAUGGGAUUAUCCAUGAAAGAGGUGAGAAGGAGAAAAAAGAUUCGUAAUAGUCUGCAUAGACAUAAUCGAAACCAAAAAUAUUUUAAUGUACAGGUUUUGGGCGGAAUCAGUAUGAUCCAACAAUUUUUUCCAUUCUUUUUUGUAAAUUUUGCAAAACUGGUUUACUGCCAUGUUCGAUACAUUGUCAUUCGCUUUCGGAUUAAAAAACAAGAUAGUCGAAUCUUUGUUGAUGAUAAAUUGUACAAGAUCUUUUCAAGGAGUAGUGAAUCUAUUUUAAAAUACUUUCAGACAAAUUAGUUUGCGGUUCUUUCCUCUUUCAAUUGGGCAGAAUCAGAUGACAUAUUCUUAUAAACGUUGAAUUGAGUAAGAUACGCAAGUUUUCACUGAACCAAGACAAAAAAAACGUUGGUAUCCAUUACGUCUGUAUUUGUAUGAGCAUUAUUGUUGAUAGCUUUUAGAUGAGGUUGAAAACGUAUCCGAAAUAAAAGACAUCAAAAUAUGUCAUUUCAUCUAGUGUAGUAUUCAAAGUUAGUUAGCCAUUUUAAUUUAGUUUAGUUUUACAACUACUUAUCAGUUACUAGAGA